AUGUCAUUCCUCUUCCUGCCCCCAGAGCUCCGCCUCCAGAUCUACACCUACCUCCUCGACCCAAACACCUACGUAACCGGAUACACUAACAUUACCCGCCUAACAAGCACCGCGUACGAGGAUGCCCACGCCGACGCCCUAGCCUCGAACGAAAGCGACCGCCCGCAGAUCCCCUCUGUCUCGCUCGCCCGCAUCUACAUCACGCGCCGCACCCCGUCCAUCCUCCUGCUGAACCGGCAAAUCACCGCAGAAGCCUUGCCAGUACUCUACAGCGUCCCGCUGACGCUCACGGGCACGCCGUCGACGUACCUCUCCAUGCGGCAGAUGGACAUUGCGGAGUUUAUCUCUGAGACGCUGCUGCAGCGGAUCAAGGUCGUUGCGUUGAGGUUAACUCAGCCCGAGAAGGCGUUUGUGCUGGGGUUGCUUGAUAUUUGGGGGAAGGGGUGUGCGUUGACGAGGUUGGUUGUGGAGGUGCCGCGGGAUGAGGAUCGAGGUGUGGGGGAUGGAGUUGGGCCUGGUUGGUUGAGCCUUGAGGCGAGGAGGGGGAGGCAUUGGGGCGUUGUGGAGAGUCGGAUACGGACGUUUGCGGAGGUCUUACGGAUUCCGCUGGAGAUGCGCACCAUAGAGACGUCAUCGGAUGGGCCUGAAUGA